AUGAAAUCAGAAGUUGAGACCCAGCCCUUCCUGGCGUUCUCGGACGACCCGGCCGGGCGAGGAGGCGCUGCUGAAGGGAACGGCAACCUUGCACCGCCUCGUGAGGGGCACGUUAAGACCUCCGGCACUCGCAGGCUCCUCCGCGAUUUUCUCAUAUGCCUCGCGACAUCACUCCUCUGGGUGAUGGUGAUCUGGAUGUUCAUCCCCGGCCCCGGCACGGCCUCCUCCUCCUCCUCCUCCUCCUCCUCCUCCUCCUCCUCCUCCCCGAUGUCCAGCCCCGCCGCCGACGACACAGCACCCGCCCAGAUGCCGAGCCAGGGCAGCAGCGUCAUCACCGGGGAGGACAUGGCUCGCUUCCACAACAUCACGUCGGGCGCCAAGUACAUCUCAUGCGGCAACUCGACGGAGGAGGCGCGGGCCAAGGGAUGCACCUACGACACGCUGCUGAACGCAUGGGUGCCGGCGCAGUGCUUGGACCAGGAAUGGAUCGACGAGUACCAGGACGACGCGAGCUGGACUGCUUUCUCCGACGUGAACCUGACCGAGCCCCUGCGGCCCGACGCGAUGGGAGAGCGGGACCACUACUACACCUCGAUCCGGGACCACAUCAACCACUGCGCGAUGCUGUGGCGGAAGCAGUUCUGGACAUUAUUCGAAGGCCGGCGCGUGUUCGACGCCGUCAUCGCCAACUCGUACCACACAGAGCACUGCGCGUCGUUCCUGUCGGAGCUCUUCGGGUCGAACCGAACCGAGCCGACGCUCGUCAGGGUCGGGUUCUCGGGCUGCUGGGUCAGGGAAGGGGGUGACGAGCUGUGA